AUGGACGACAGCAACCGUGCAACCACCGCUACAGAUAAUUUGGUGUCACCAUCUUCUACCACCACAUCGUUGGCAGCUGCCAUUGUUGCAGCCACCCUCGCCGCGACCUCUCCACAGUCCAGACAGACCCAGUUCUGCGUCAACGAUCUUCUGCAUCCAACAGAUAAGGCUGAAUCAUUACUGGAAUCCUUGACCGCCGAGCAGCUGAGCAUAAUUGAAAAGACGCUGAACAAGAUUAGAGAGAAGAAGAAGACGACGACGACGACGACAGUGAGUCCUCCACUAUCACCAUCAUCAUCAUCAUCAUCAUCAUCACAACAGCCACAGGAUGUAUGGAGUAGUGCCGCCACUCAAGUAGCAAUGGCAUUGGCAGAUGCGAUAUCGGCAGUGGACAAGACCGAUAAUGACAAUGGCGAUGCUGAAAUAUCAACACCACCAUCACCCUCAACAGCAUCAUCAUCGUCAUCGAACACCAAUGACAAUACAAACAGCACUGAUGGAACUGUCUCACACCAUGAGCCCCUCACUGAAAACCGCGACGGGGUCGAAUGGGUCAGCUUUGUGUAUUCGCAUCAUCGGAUCCUUCGACAAUACUGCAUUCGAACGGAUCUGGACAAGGUGAACGUCAACCAACUCGACGAAACGUUCAAGCGCGAUAACUGCGUGUAUCCACGUGCCAACCUCCCGCGUGAAACGUAUCGCGGCAAUCGAUGGGCGUACGAGACCGAAUGCAAUGUCUUGGGAUGGAAGCUUGCGAGCUUGAAUGCUAACGAGAUUGCUGGCAAACGAGGCCUUAUCCAGCGCGCAGUCGAUUCUUACCGGAACCGUUAUCCGAGUAUGCGGUCAAGACGCGUGGCACGACAGGAGAAACUGCUGAACGGGACACUUCGUAAACGCAAACUUCGCGAGUCCGAGAACGACCAUCAUCUCCUCUGCCAUGCCGACGAACCAGCUGACAAGAUGCUCAAGACCAUGGCCUCGAUGGAACAGCAACAGCAACAGCAGCAGCAGCAACGAUAUCUGCCAAAGACAAUCUCUAUCGACGACGGACCGCAGGGCACGAAAUGUCGGAUACGGAUCAAUGUCGAAACUGUGCCCCUGGAUGUGAUUGAUGCGCCAUUCCGGAAAAGCAACUGUGUGUUUCCACGCGCUAUCAACAUCACGGCCAACACGCCUGCAGUGACGCAACGCCAGCUCGAUGAGGCACGAUGCAACGAACUGGGAUGGAAACUGGCUUGGCUGAAUCCACGGCAACUUGCCAAUCGCAAAAGCCUGCUGCAGCGUGUGCUCGAUAUUUACCGGAUCAAAUUUGCGCCCCAUCUCAAUCCUCGCAAAUAUGCUUCUCGGAUGCCUCCUGCGCCCUUUGCGCCACCGCCACGGUCUGAACAACCACUCAAGCUGACCGCCGAGACGCUUGCCGCCCAACAGCAACAGCUGGCUGCCCAAGAAAAGCGUCAACAGCAGCGUCGGCAAGAAGACGAGGAAUCCAUCUUUAGUGGAACCACCGUCUCACUUGACUUUCGCGACUGCUUCUCCCCUCCUCCAGAAGUCGCAGAUGAGCCUGUCUUCCUUGAAGACGACGACAUCGACGAUAUCCAACAACAACAACAGCAGCAGCAGCAAACAACACCUCAACCACCACCUCCACAACAACAACAACAUCAGCAUCAGCAACCAUCCGCAGGUCUCCUUUCCAACGCCAAUCUUGCGGAUUACGCGAUCGAUCAUCUCAUGUUACCCGCAUCCAGAGGCGAUCUCAUGUUAUGUCAAGGAAAUGAUAGUCAAGAUGUGGUGGCCGCCGCGGCUGCAGCUGCAGCUGCAGCUGCCGCAUCAGCGCAGGAUUUUUGUGCCGCAGACGACAUGAGUUGCCACUUGAGCGUCGAGACCAGCAGUAGUGGAACCAGCAGCAGCAAUCCAUCGAACCAUAGCUCCCCACGCCAUCAACCUACCAUGGUCGGUAUCGUUGACAAUGAUUUCUACAAUGCCACAGAGUUCUUGAUGGACGGUAGUGGUCUGUCAUUAUUUGGCCAGCAAGAACGGGCGACGGACGAGCUACUCAAACGAUACAUAGACGAACAUGAUAUGCUUACGCCAGGCGAUCCACAUAUUGGCUCCCGGAUGAUGGAUGAUGACGAUGUUGUGCUGGGCUACCUAUCCACAGACUCUUUACUGAACCAACUAUUCUGA